AUGGCUGCCAUCCAGAGGCACCUGGACCGGCUGGAGAGGUGGGCAAAGGAGAACUUCACGUGGUUCAACAAGCUUUGCCUCCCUCACCGAGAGAUGUCUUGCUUCAGACCCUGUCCUCCACGCUCCUGUGGCACCUGUGGCCCAACCCCGCUGGCAAGCAGCUGCAGUGAGCCCUGCUUCGCCCGCUGCGCCGACUCCACGGUGGCCAUCGAGGCUUCGCCGGUGGUGGUGACCCUGCCGGGCCCCAUCCUCACCUCUUUCCCGCAGAACACAGCCGUGGGCUCCUCUCUGUCAGCUGCUGUGGGCAGCUCGCUCAGCACCGGGGGGGUUCCCAUCUCUUCCGGCAGCUCCUUUGGCCUGGGCGGCUCAGGCCUGUGCCUGCCUGUGCCCCGCUGCAAUCUCAACUGCUGA